UGAGAGUAUCGUCUGGUAAAGUGAAUAGUCUACAAUUUACAUGAAAAUUAAUAUUCAAUGAAAGAAAAUGUCACAAAAGAAAAAAACAUCAAAAACUGCAAACACUUCAAAAAAGACCAAAGUGUUUGAAUCUCAAUUGACCAAAAGCCAAAAUGAUCCAGAAAAGGAUGAAGCUGAAGUUGGAAUCAUAGAAUCUGUAUCUGUGAAAAAUUUUAUGUGCCAUGAUAAUCUUGAUUUUAAAUUUGGGCCUCAUGUUAAUUUCAUUAUUGGCAGAAAUGGAAGUGGAAAAAGUGCUAUUUUGACAGCAAUUGUUGUUGGUUUAGGAGGAAAAGCUAAUAUUACUGGUAGAGGAACAAAUCUUAAAGGAUUUAUUAAAAAUGGAAAACAAACUGCAGAAAUUGCUAUAAAAAUCAGAAACUGUGGUCCUGAUGCAUAUAAAACUGAACUCUAUGGAUCUUCAAUAGUUGUUGAAAGAAGGAUAACAUCAGAUGGUUCUAGUUCCUAUAAAUUAAAAAAUGAAAUGGGUGAAAUUAUUUCUACUAGAAGAGAAGAAUUAGUACACAUGAUGGACCAAUUCAAUAUUCAAAUUGACAAUCCAGUGUCUGUUUUAAAUCAAGAAACAAGUAGAAGUUUUUUGAAUUCUAAAAGUUCCAAGGAUAAGUAUAUGUUUUUCCUUAAAGCUACACAAUUGGAACAGCACAGUACUCUUCCUGAAUUGGAAAAAGAAGUUAAUGAAUGGAAACAGAAAUGGGAGUUUUAUCAGUCAUUAAAAAAACAACACGAAAAACUUAAUCAUUUAAGAAAUGAGUUUGCCUGGGCGUAUGUAGCUGUCAAAGAAAGAGAAUUAAAUGAAAAAUUGAGAAAAUUAGAAGAGCAGAAAAAUAAUACACCACGGUUCAAAUCUAAAGUACAAGAAAGUCAGGAAAAAUUAGCAGAAAAACUUUCUGAACAACAGGAAAUUGAAAAUAAAAUAAAAAAGAUGAAAGAGGAUGAAGAUAUGUUACAACCACAAUAUAAUGAAGCAAGAAGUCAGUUAGCUCAGGAAAACAGAUUGUUAAAUAAUAAAAAGUUAGAACUGAGGAAAGUUGAAAAAGAAAUAUCUUCCUUGGAGAAGGAAAUAACAGGCUUGAAAACAAGAAUUGAAGAAUUAAGAAAAGGUGAUCAGAAAGAUUAUGCAGCAGAAAGACAAAAAAGAUCAGAAAAUAUAAGAUUGCUUGAAGAAGAAAAAUCAGAGCUCCUUGCUGAACGAAAAAAUAUUGAAUUUAAGCAGCAGAAGAUAGAAGCCUCACUCAACAAAGCAACUGAAGAAAUGCAUAAUUUCAGGCAGCAAGAUCGAAACAUUCGUCAUCAGAUAGAGUCUUUGCAGCAGUCCAUUAUGAAUUUAGAAAGCAGCCGGACAAAUCAGCUUCGAAGGUUUGGUCGUUACAUGCCAGAAUUGUUGGAUGUGAUAGACAGAUAUUAUAAACAAAAUAAAUUCAAGGAAAAACCAGUUGGUCCAAUUGGAAUCUGUAUCAAACUAAAAGAUGCCAAAUGGGCACUAGCAGUGGAAUCGUGUUUGAAGAGUCUUGUUUUUGCAUUCUGUUGUGAUAAUCAUAAAGAUGAACGCACCCUUCAACAGUUAAUAAGGAUGACAUGUAAUUUUGAUGAACGUAAGCCAUCCAUCAUAGUUAGUAAAUUUCAUCGUCAGGUGUAUAAUGUAAAUAGAUACAGUGUUCAUUCAAACAAAUAUAGCAGUGUAUUGCAGAUGCUUGACAUUACAAAUCCAGUUGUAGCAAAUUGCCUUAUUGAUCAGGUUAAUUUUUUUUUAUUUAACUUGCAAAGUUAUCUUACAAUAAAAUUAAUCUUUAAGUGAUAAGAAACCGACUCACCACUAGCCAAUACACUAAUCAGAAUAAAAUAUU